AUGGCGUGUCCCGUGCACAACUCUGAGUCUACAAAGGCCGGUGCUUCGACCCCUGGAUACCUAAAAAGUACGAUUUCGAGCCGGAACAAGGACAUAAGAAAUGAUCCACAAGGCCCGGAGAUACGUCAACGAUGCAACUGCGAUAUCAGAGCCGCUGCAGCGGGGGUUUCAUCUUCGCAAGUAACUCCCCAGGGAGCACCCUCUCAGAGAAAACGUGCCCAGCGACAAGAACCUCGGGAAACACAACCCGAGGACAACCCACCACCAUACGUCGAGGUAGAGACUCAAAUCCAGAGUACUCCUAGUCCUAAUCGCUCAGAUCCAGGACCGGCAACUGAUAUCGGAUCUCCCUCGCCACCUUUCACCCCUGAGGAAAACUUAGGACUCGAUAAUGGUGGAUCCAAACAAGGCAUAACCUCAGCAGGCUCUUCGGAUGGUCCCCAUCCCGAUUCUAUCGAGGAAACUGGCCUAUUUCUCCCUAAGGCUUCGCAUACCUCAUCGUCACCUCCACCACCUGAAUUAUCUGAAGAUGAAUCACCUCUGUUUAAUAGCAGGGGCUCCGUUUCAGAUGCUGAAAGUACCCGUUCUUCUAUUCCCUCGACAUCUGAUUCGAGAAAAGCAACGGAGCAAUGGAUAUAUGACCCCGCGCGUGAUAGUCUCAUGUAUCGCCGGAGAGCAAAAGAACCGGAGAACAGGCAGAGGGAACUGACGGAUCCUGUAGAUCCUGCCUUGUUAUUAGAUAAACCUAAGUACGUAUUGACGGGGUUUGAUGCCUAG